AUGAUUGCAGAGUCAAAUACAGUGCUAGGUGAGCCACAAUUGAAGAAAUUUAAAAAUGAAGUUGUUUACUCGGCUCAGCUGCGGAAGAUAUCCACUCACACAAGAGCCAACAAGCAUCAUCCGUUAAAUGUUAGGCCGAGUGGGAAUUCAUUUUUUAUAACUGAUGUAGAACUUUACCAAAAAAAGAGAAAGGAUUUACUCGGUAAGUUGAGCAUACUUUCCAAUGAGACCAUCUUGCAAAUAAUAUCGCUCAUUGACGAUGUGGCCAGUUUACUAAACCUCUCGCACACUUCAAGAAUCUUUUAUGCACUAUUAUCAAAUGAAGAGAACUGGAAACGAAUAUAUAUCGAGGAUGUAGAGAGAUUCGAUAAUAAACCUUGGUUGGGUUCAUGGAAAAACACUGUAUUGGGAAUACCAUAUGAAUACAAUGCCAAUUUACGAUUGGAGAACAAUUUGCUUUGUUGUGAUGAAAUAUUUCGACCUUUCCAAUGUUCGCAAAUUGAUUACGCCAAGAUUUUUAGCAAAGUUAUUAAGGAGGAAGAAGGCUACCACAAAGACUCGUUGUUGGGACAGUUGGGGAAAUUGCCUCAUGGUAGAAUCAUGCGAGUGGCAGAGAAGGAAAUGUCCAUGACUUUAUUCAAUGAGAAAUAUCAUGCUUCUCCAUUUAUUUUGACCAAUAAUGAUUCAGCAAGAUGGCCAAAAUGGACAUUUGAUUCCUUGUUUAAACAAUUUCCUCAUGUUAAGUUUCGCCAAGAAGCUAUGAAUUGGGAUUUGGACAAAUAUUCGCAAUACCUAAAACAAAAUCGGGAUGAAAAUCCACUAUACUUAUUUGAUUGUAAUAGUGAAGCAACCAAGAUAUUGAAAAAGGAAUACUCCCCAUGCAAGAUAUUCCAAGACGAUUUAUUUAAAGUUUUCCAAACUGAGAAAUACAGUUGUAGACCAGAUUAUGCUUGGAUCAUUAUGGGAUCUGCACGUUCAGGGUCUACAUUCCAUAAGGAUCCCAAUUCCACAUGUGCAUGGAAUACAGCUAUUCAAGGCCGUAAAUUGUGGAUCAUGCUUCCUCCAAAUGUUCUACCGCCUGGUGUUUCAACAGAUAAGGAAGAAAGUGAAGUUACAUCACCCGUGGGUAUUGCAGAAUGGGUCAUUUCUGGGUUUUACAAUGAUACUCUUCGGCUUGAUAAAGCUCAAAUUGGAAUUACAUUUCCUGGUGAAUGCAUGUAUGUUCCAGCAGGUUGGUGGCAUAGUGUAAUUAAUAUUGAUGAUUCAAUUGCCAUAACGCAAAAUUUCGUGCCACGAGUGAAAUUAAGCCAUGUUUUGAAUUUUUUCAAGAAUAAACUGAAACAAAUUAGCGGGUUUAGAAUUAGAGAAGUUGAACAAUGUCUUGAUGAGGUGGCUCAAGAUUGUAAAGACGAACUGUUGCUAAGAUAUCGUGAUCAAUUGAAAAAAUUGAAGAUUGAGAACAAUAAUAAUAAUAAUAAUAAUAAUAAUAAUAAUAAUAAUAAUAAUAUUGAUGAUGAAGACUGUGGCGAGAUUGAAGAUUUACCUCAAUUGCCUGUGUUUGAACUAUUCAAACAAUUAUUGAUCAAUGAUGGGAAGCAAGAAUUGGUUAAUGAAGCUUUGAAGAUUGUUGAAAAAUGGGAAUUGAAAGCUUAUCAGAAUGAAACCGGAAAAAGCAAGAAAUGGGAAGAAUUGACGAAAAUGGAUAAUAGUAAUGGGUCUACAUUUUCAUUCAAAUUUGAUAAAGAUUGA